AUGGCAGCAAAAGCCUUUGGCAAACGGCUCUGUGAAGAGGUCGAAAAUGACGGUCUUGAUAGCAUUCUACGCGACGUGAAACGUAGAUGCGCUUCAGAUCCCAAGGGCCAUGUCCCGACAUCUCCAGUUGGCAUCAAGGUGAUUGAUGACAUGUUGCGUAUAUUCCAUCGGCCACCAGCUCCUCGCCCCGGAGUCCCUGACCGCCACAAGGUGCUCGAGAUCACAGGCUCCAGGUACGGCUCUGGAGCUGGCAAGACGUCAUUACUCUACUAUAUCAUCUCUAUUGGCAUAUUGCCUGCAUCGUUCAACGGUGUCCAGAUCGGUGGGAGGGACGGGGCCGUGGUGUUUCUGGACUCAGACAACCGCUUCAAUGCUGCACGUCUACGAGAUAUAGCUAUGAACUAUGUCCGCGAGAAGAAGCGAAAGAAGGACACCGGUUCACCACCACGGGAGAAGCGACAGAGAGAGGAUGAGACUGAGCUACGAAAGAUGGUGGAAGGGUGUCUACAACAUGUCCAUGUCUUCAAGCCGACGUCUUCUGAUUCCUUGCUGGCGACACUGCAGUCAAUGGAGUCAUAUCUGCUGGACACCACGAAACAUCAUUCUGCCCAUAAACGACUUCAUUCCAUCAUGAUAGAUAGUACGUCCUCCUUUUACUGGCAGGACAAACGUCAAGCCUUUAUAGACAGUCUUCCGACAGAGGUACCAAAGUACAUAUACGGCGACCUGCCACCGCUCCGCGAGAUCGUGCACUCAGCUCGUGGUAUCGUCAAAUGCUUGCGAGAACUACAGCACAGGUUCGCCUGUCCCGUCAUCUACACAGUGACCGGUAGGAUCAGGGGAGAUCUGUGGAAACCCAAACCGAGCGGCUUCGGGGCCCCGAUUGAAUCUCUAUAUGCACGCCCGAAAGUCAUGUCAUUCAUGCACCAUCUACCGCACCCAUGGCGAUCGUAUUCGACAGUACGACUUGUUGUCCGGCGCGAUCGAGUGCGUCGUUUCUCGGCAGUCUCGGUCAGGGAGGCGAUGCAUCAAGCACGCCAACGUCAGUUUGUGGUUGCGCAGGGGAGGUUUUCCGCGUGGAUCGAUCCGUGGGGGAAAGAGGACUGGCCAUCUUGGAUUUCGCCUUCAAUACAGAAAUUAGAAGGGGGAGGGCGGUUUACUUAUUUCGUCCACAGCCUUGGUGUUACUUUAAAGGAGUAA